GUUAAAAGUAUACUUGUAUUGGAUCCAUUAAAAAUUUUUGUUGUGGUUGUUGUUAUGGUUCUUGUUGUAAAAAAGACUGAUGAUGAAACUGAAAAUAGUGAAGUUGAGAAGCAAGGUAAAAGAUUAGCUUUUGAUGAAAACUGGCUCCACAAGCCAAAAGAUAAAUUAAAAAUUGAUAGUGAUUGCAUUACAAUGCAGCCUCUUGAUUAUUCUACAGUAAAAAAGAUGAGAGAGACAAGGCUAAAGCACAAGAAGAUGCACGCUGUAGUUACAGAACUUUUUUUGCACAUUAUCUAUGCAUGCUUGGUGUUCUUUAUAGGUUAUUUUUCACGUAGUAGUCUCACUUUCUAUCAAACUCGCAAUGUUCAAGAACUUUUCAAUUUGAAAUUAAGAUUGCCAGCAAAUCCAAACAUCCCAUUGUUUCAAAGCAAAGUAUUUAAUCAGAUUCAAUCCUCACAAGAUUUUUGGCAUUGGGUAGAAGAAUUUUUUUUACCUCAAGUUUUUCCUGAACCUUGGUAUAACUUGAGUGAUUUUUACACCAAUACAGAUAUGAAAGAUUUUCCUGGAAAACUGUUUUUAAAUGAUCUUACCUCAAAAAUUGUGAAUGGAAUACGAAUUAGACAAGUCCGCAUAAAGCCAAACUCUUGUACAAAAGCUGACUCAAUUUCUAAGUUCAUUGCUAUAAACUGUUUGUCUCCAUAUAAAACUGCAUUAGAGGAAACAAGAGAUUUUGAUUUGAAUUGGACUAUUCCAAAACAUUAUAACUCUACAAUUAAUACUUUAACAAUGCCAUGGAGGUAUCAAACCUGGAAAGAACUUGAUGGCUAUCCAUAUACAGCUAGUUCAGACACUUACUAUGGCGGAGGUUAUGUCAUAGAAAUAUUUUCUAAAUGGAAAAAUCAGGUUAUACUUGCUCAAGCCAAAAGUCAUAGGUGGAUUGAUAGACAAACGCGAGCUAUAUUAAUUGAGUUUGCUUUGUUUAAUGCUGCUUCUAAAAAUUUCAACAUGGUUACAAUGGCCUUAGAGUUUCUGGCUUCUGGUGGAGUUGUUCCUAGCUUUACUGUUCUGACGUUCAAUUUGUAUGGCUCAGUGACUGGAUCAAAGGUUUUUUUGGGUUUACAUAUUGUUUUAAUCUUGAUGGUUAUAUUAUUUACUAUUCGUGAAUCUCGCUUUUUAUAUCGAACUGGUUGUAAAUACUUUGUAGAGUUUUGGAAUUUAGUGGAAGUUGCAUUGAUAAUAUUUUGUAUUAUUGCUGUAGGACUUUUUUUUUAUAAAGGUGCAUUAAUGGGUGAGUACAAGACUUACAACGAAGCAAUAGUUUCAACAGUUUCAUUAUUAUUGGGAAAAUUCAGUUUUAUUCAAUAUGAACGUGCUAACAUUGUUCUUGGCCCAAUAUUUUUUUUUGGUUUCAAUGUUGUUACAAUUUGGAUCAUAAUGAACAUUUUCAUAUCCAUUUUAAAUGAUGCUUUUAGCAUGGUUCGUGCAAAUGCUGAGUUGCAAAAUAAUGCUUAUGAGAUAGUUGAUUUUAUAUUGGAACGCAUUAGAGGUUGGUUUAAACAUAGACAAAGAAAACCACAGCCGCAGACACAAGUUCAGUCAGAAAGAAAAUUUCACUCAAAAAGUAAAAUUAUACAAGUUGCGGAAUAUGAUCAUAAACCUUUCAUAGAAAACGACUCUAUCAGAAAAGUGGAAUAUAAAAACAUA